AUGGAGAGAGAUAGAUUCUCUAAUAGAAAUAAUGAAAGAAGAGAUAGAUAUAAUGAUAGAUUUGAAAGAAGAGAAAGAUCAUAUGAUAAUUAUAAUAGUCACGAAAGAAGAAGAGAAGAAAGAUAUGAAUAUAGAAGUAGAUAUGAAAAAAGAGAAGAAAAAAAAGGAAGAAAAGAAGAAGAAAUUAAUGAUAAAGAAACUAUAAUGCAACAAAUUGAAAAAGAAAGAAGAACUGUUUUUGUUCGUGGAUUAACAACUGAAGCAUCAAAUGAAGAAAUUAAAGAAUUUUUUAAUCAAGCAGGAGAAGUUGUUCAUGUUGAACAAGUAAUUGAUACAACAACAAAAAGAUCAAGAGGAUUUGGAUAUGUUGAAUUUAAAAGUAUUGAAGGAGCAAUAAAAGCAAUAGAAAUGAGUGGAAUGUUUUUUAAAGAGAAUUCACCAAUUUAUGUAAGUGAAUCAAAUGCACAACAAAAUAGAAAUACUAUUACUGUUACAAAUACACAAUUACAAACAAAUAGAAUUAAAGUAAAAAAUAUGAAUAAACAAUUAAGUAGAGAAGAUAUUGAAAAAGUAUUUGGUAUUGCUGGAAAAAUUAUAGAAUUAGAAAUUAAAGAAGAAGAAGAAUCAAAUAAUGUAAUGAUUGAAUAUGAUACUAUUAAAAUGGCAAAAAGAGCAAUUGAAUUAUAUGAUGGAAGAUCAUUUGGAAAUAUGAAAUGGGAAGUAUUUAGUAUUUGUGAAAAAGGAAAUGAUAUAAUUACAAAUGAAGAUGAACAACUUCUUGAAAGUAAAAGUAAAGAAAUAUUACUUAAAAGAAUUCAAGGUGGAACUAGUACUUUAUUUGGACAAGAAAAUAUAAAUCAUUAUAAAGCAUUAUUUGUACAAAAUGUAUUUAUUCAAGGAAAAGAAUCUAUUGGAUUUGAAAAAGAAUUACGUAAUGAUAUUUUAGAAGAAUUAAAACAAUAUUGUCAAGUAAAAGAUGUUAUUAUUGAUUUAAUUCAUCCAAAAGGAGUUGUUUAUGUUUUAUGUGAAACUGAUUUAGAUGCACAAAAAGCAUUUUCUGUAAUGCAUCUUCGAUGGUUUAAUAUGCAUUUAUUAAGGGUAGAAUAUUAUCCUGAAUCUAAAAUUCCUAUUGUUCAUCAAAAUUAA